AUGGGCUCCGAAAGAGAUCUUAGUGGCUCCAUAACAACUCCAGAUGUUAAGCUAAAUCUUGGAGGAGAAUUCAUCAAAGAAUCUACUGCAACUACAUUCCUAAGACAGAGAGGGUAUGGCUGGCUUCUGGAAGUGGAAGAUGAUGACCCAGAAGAUAACAAGCCACUCCUGGAAGAACUCGACAUUGAUCUGAAGGAUAUUUACUACAAAAUUCGAUGUGUGUUGAUGCCUAUGCCAUCUCUUGGGUUUAAUAGGCAGGUAGUGAGAGAUAAUCCAGACUUCUGGGGUCCUCUGGCUGUUGUCCUCUUCUUCUCAAUGAUUUCAUUAUAUGGACAAUUUAAGGUUGUUUCUUGGAUUAUAACUAUUUGGAUAUUUGGAUCCUUGACAAUUUUUUUACUGGCCAGGGUUCUUGGAGGAGAAGUUGCUUAUGGCCAAGUUCUUGGUGUGAUAGGAUAUUCCCUACUUCCCCUCAUUGUCAUAGCACCUGUACUUUUGGUGGUUGGAUCAUUUGAAGUUGUUUCUACCCUAAUAAAAGACAACAUAAUGAUGCGUCGAAAUAUUCAGAACUGCAACGUGAGCUCUGUCAUCCUUUCGGUUAGCAUGGUGGAUGUGACUGCUAAGCGAAUCUGUUUAAAAUGUUUCUUAUGCGUACGUGGGGAUAUACAGUGCUGUUGCUAUAACAACACCUGUUGUUAUCAGUUGUUUGGAGUCUUUUGGGCUGCAUACAGUGCUGCAUCAUUACUAGUUGGAGAAGAAUUCAAGACCAAGAAACCCCUUCUAAUUUAUCCAAUCUUUUUAUUAUACAUUUAUUUUCUGUCCUUGUACACUGGGGUGUGAUCUAGUGCAAGAUGUGGCCAGAAACCAUACUUUAUUCAUUUGCAGACUGAUAAUGCAUAAGAUUAAGGAGGCUGGAGAUAAUACAAGUGACUGUUUUGUAUCCAGUUGUCAAGAUGUUUUAAGAUCGAAGAGCAUAUUUGUGUAUAUUAUUUAAUGAAGCAAUUGUAGCUAUAUAGAUUUGUAUCAAAGUUCUAGGUUUGUUUAAGACUCUUCAGAUUUUAAUGAACAAAAUAAAAGAACCUUGUGUUUUAUAAGAAAGUGUAGCAAAAACACGACUCGAUACCUGUGCCAAAAGCACUAGGACCAGAUUACUAUAUUUGAGGAGAAAAAUGAGAAGGUAACUGUAACAAUCUCAAAGUGCAAUUUUUCUUUUGAGCUUAAACACAGCUGGCUUUUUUGGCACAGCAAGUUCUGUAGAUAAUAUAUAUUUAUGAAACAGUCCUGAUUGUUCACAGAAUAGUCUGUAUAAUCAAGACAUGAAGAUACUACUUUUAAUUUAGUGCCUCAAUUACUUUGAUUUGGCUAUUGAGUUUUUACAAAUUCCAAUUUGUUUUCAAAACAUGUAUAUACUGUGUAUUUUGUAUCUAUGGCUUGUGUGUAGCGUAAAUACUCCUUGGUUAAGGAUGUAUAUUGGGUUUUUAAAAAUUGAAGAUACAAGUAUUUGAAGUCUUCAUUUACUAUCUCUGACCAAAGGAGCAAGAUAUUUACUGCGUGACAUAAUUAAUUAAAAUGCAUAUUUAGAGAAUCAAAUUAUUUUACUUAAAAGUAUAAAUUUGCAGAGAAACGGGUGAACACCUUUCUCAACUGUAAUGCUGGCUUAAUGUGGGAGAAAAGAGAUAAUCUAUCAAAUUUGUGUGAUCUUUAAACAAUGUUAUUUUAUGAUGACGAAAUAAAAUUAAUGCUUCCCUAACUAUGUUUUACAACAUCUUGCUCUGUCUUGCUUUUAAUAGCAUGUAUUUAACAUGCAUCCAUUUUUUUUUUUCCCCCAGUACUAUUAAUCCCUUGUAAAGAGAAAUAAAAAAGAUUUGUGAGGCCAGAUUCUCCCUCCACUAAAUAAGGCAGAAUUACAGCCUUAGUAACAAUUACAGUCUUGCUAAUUUUGACUAUCCGAGGAUUAUGUAAUAACGUGAUGACAUGUUAAAUAUUUCCUGUGUACUGUGUUGAUUGCUUAUGUAAUGGUCCUUAUGGUAACGUUUCUUCACAAGGGAAGUCCGCUGAAGUUCACUUUGCAUGGUACUAACUUAGGCAUUUGCAGUCUUCAGUAUUAUUUUUUUUUUGGUAACAGAAAGAAAGCAUUCCCCAUGUCUCUCUUUUUUUUUUUUUUUUUGUUUUGAUGCUGCGAAUAAAAAUCGACCAUGACAAGGUAAUAGCAAGGGCUGUUUUUGAUCCCUGAUGGACAUAUUUCCUUAUCAGAACUGUAGUUUUUCAGCUUUUUAGACUGUGUAACUUGCCAUUUUAGUAACUUCUUUUUACCACUUGUUACUGAUGCAAAAUACAUACUUAAAUUCCAACUCUACCACAAACCUUUAGCUUAUUCAGUCUGCUUUUCUGGCUGAUGCUUGUGUUGGUUUUAAACAGAACUACUUAGAUUUGAUGCUGGACAUAAAUUAUAAUGUCAUACUCUAGCUUGUAAUACAUAAAAGGAGAAAAACUGGUAGAGUGAUCAACUUUCCAGUAAUUUUUGAGUUCUGCAGAAGUUCUGGUGGAAUUACUGCAGAGUCGUACUAAAGCAAUUACAGGAGCAGCUUAGUACUUACCUGCAAGUGUUUUGUGAGCAUUCAUACCACAUUCUAAAAAAAAUAUGCAAUUACAGUGUAUUUAAAAAAAAAGGCAUGUUAGCUUUGGGAUCUUGCAUGAUAAUCUGGUCUUAUCUCUUUUUCAUGACUUGUAUUUUUUUUUUAACAGGAAUAUCCAACUAGUAUUAGAAGACUCAAUCCAGACCCUGUGAAUACAUGUUUAACUAACAUCACCCAAACAUUAGGUUACUGGGCUGUCAGAGAGCUUUAAGCUUAGUUCCUCUUUGCGUAGCUGUUCAUUAGAUGUCCAUAAUGGAUCCUGUGCAUCUGAAAUGACUAUGAAUAUUCAAAGGAUGUGAGAAUGUUCUAGUUAAUCUCCAAAUAUCUUCAUUUUCUCUAUACUAAUGUUCUGUGAAAUUUAUAGUUGCAAUUUUAACUGUUCCUUUCCACAGACUUGGCACAUGUGUAAUAUGCAAUGUAGAUAUGCACUUAACAUAGUACAUAUUUUGUACACAAUUGCAGAUUUGCACCUUUUAAUCUUAGUAUCUCUAGGGUCACCUUUUGCAUAUGCUGUGCAAGAAACAUGUACAAACAGCUCUCAAAUGGUUCUGAUAGUUUGUAAUAACUUUGAAUUCAACAAACUCAUAUUUUUAGAUGAGGUAUGUGUGUAAAUACGAGAUGUAUUUUAUAAGAAUUUUGAAUUAAACUUGUUUACAGAAUG